CGAAUCAUUGAAAUCAUUCCAUGUUUUAUGGAGAAGUUAAAAAGCGUGUGUUUGCGUUUAUAAUAAAUAAAUUAGAUUACUUACGUAUCCGUAGUUAAAACUGAUAUCUUAUAAUAUUUUAAUUCGUGUGUUCGUAAUUUGUGUUCUGUUUUAGUAAAUCACCACCAUGUCUAUGCAGUGUCAGUUAUGGAUGGGCAGUUUGGAACCGAAUAUGACAGAAAGCUUUAUUGUAGCAGCUUUUCAUCGUAUGGGCCAGCGCCCGCUAACAGUGAAGGUUAUGAGGAACAAGUUUACAGGAGAGCCUGCUGGUUAUGCAUUUGUGCAUUUUCAGACGGAUGAGGAAGCUAUAGACGCAAUGCACAAACUGAACGGCAAACCCAUCCCCGGAACAUUCCCAGUGGUCCGCUUCAGGCUAAACACAGCAUCUCGCGAGGCCCGGGCUAACAUGCAAUCGGAGAGAGAAUUCUCUGUGUGGGUUGGGGACUUAAGUUCUGAUGUUGAUGACUACUCGCUUUACAGGAUUUUUGCUUCAAAGUACUCUUCUAUCAAAACUGCAAAAGUAAUACUGGACAGUUCAGGUUACACAAAAGGCUACGGUUUCGUAAGAUUCGGAAGCGAGGAAGAACAACGUAAUGCCUUAUACGCCAUGAACGGAUACACAGGUCUCGGUACUAAGCCAUUGAAAAUCUGCACCGCAGUGCCCAAGCCUAAAGGGGCUCCUACUGGACAGAACCAAUCUGCUCCCAAUGCUGCAAACGCCCCCUACAACAGCGGGACGGAGUACAACCAAUAUUAUGAUCCGUCAGCCUAUUGGCAAAAUUACUCAGCGUGGUCUGGCUACUAUGGGCAGGGCGACCAGAGCGCCGCGGUCGCGCCGGCGGCGCCGGUCGCGGACGCCUCCGCCACCGCGGCUGCGGCGCAGGCGGCCAAGACGCAGAAUGACGAUUUGCAACUUGUUGAGCACAAGAAGACCAUAGACAUAGACGAGCUAAACCAAGAGUUCCUGGAGCCCGAGCUGUCGCUGUGGGACGGCCUGGAGUCCUCGCAGUGGUUCCCCAACGAGAUAGUAGAGGCGCACUGAUUCUAGUCUUCAGACCUGUUUUAUAUAAACUAUUACUCUGAUAAUCGUAGCCACAGGGCGGACACGCCAUACAUCAAAAAUCAUUUGCGUUUAUACGUGUGCGCGGCACGUUUAUACAUGCGUCAUUGCGUAUGUGUGGGUAAGUCGCUUUACUGAGAGGACGCCAAAAGUCCGCCAGAUUCAUGGCGCGGCCAGUCGCGGGGCGAGGUAAUGCGAGUCGGGGCGGGGCGGUGCGUGGCCGUUCUGUAUGAUAAUACUAUUACUUAUUGUGUCGUAGCAGAUGUUAAUGAGAUAAUAAUCAAACAAUGAGCUUUAUUUUGAAGAUAACACCGAGUCAGAGCGUUUCCUAAAAGGACAACAAACAAACAAGAUCAUAUACAAAAGUUGUUGAAAGUUGAGCAGAUCCUGAAGCGAAUUGAUAACUCGACCAUAUAAGUCAAACGGGAUUGUCACCUUAUUCAGCUGCCAGAAUAACGCCACGAUAGGAUUUUCUAGAUUUGCGUGUAAUAAAAUGAUUCUGAAAAGGUCGAAUGAAAAAUGAGUACAUUUACAAAAUUAAAAUGUCAUGUUAUUUGUCUCGGGAAUUUGGAAAACCGCUAUGUUAUUAUCAGACUAAUUUUUUUAUAUGGAAUAGGUGUCAGGGGCAGAAAGUCUUGGUCAACACAGGCCAUGAUCGCUUUUUACUAGUGAUCCAAACGACUCUAGCCCUGUGAGCUCUUUUUUUAGGGCUCGCCUCAUCUCUUGACGCCUAAAAGCCUAUUUUACUAAUUAAAUAAAAAAGGCUUUUAGCCUUUUAGGCGUCAAGAGAUGAGGCGAGCCCUAAAAAAGAGCUCACAGGGCUCGAGUCUUUUGGAUCACUACUUUUUAUCGGUCAAGUGAUCUGGGCUUUCUGGACAGUCUGCCGCUGGUAGUAUAAGUGACAUAUUAAGGCUGUAAUUACUAAUUAUUAUAUUAAUAAAUAAUGUAUAAGUUAAA